AAGAUGCAAGCUUUAGAACUGACAUGUCACAUCCCCUCUGAAGCCCAGAUCACAGAACAAUCUCAGAGCUGUAAAAAUGACAUCUCCCAGUUCAUCUGAAAACAUCUCCCAUCUAUCAAAGAGAGACCUUUUUUCUUAAGUGUCUGGCUAACUUAGCGCCAUAGCAUUGCCCUGCUAGACCAGCUGUAAGCCGGGACCAACAAAGCUGUAACCCAAGAACUUUGGGGGCUAAUGUCCAGAGAUGAAAAGAAAGUCAUUAGGAGAAGGUUCUUUAUCAUCUUUCGAGUGAUAGAGAUCUGCUAAUCUGAACCACUCCUGGGUCACAGGGCCUUCUCCUGUCAUGCCCCGUGGCUCAGCUGUGUUCCGCUCUAUGAGCAGCUGCCAGCCUGCCCACCAGCAGGUGCCUCACAACGUUUCCGAGGUGGCAGAUCCAUGAAUGAAGAGCCGUCCUAGCACUCUGCGACACCUAAGGUUUACAGUCUAAGAGACGAGCAGGAGGUGAGGUACUUUAGAACAUAAACCCUGACAAAGCUCAGAGCCAUUUUAGUGAAAAAAUAGUGCCAUGGUGUGAAUGCCGCACUGCUGGGAACCCAGAGGAGCCCGAAGGACCACAGUCCUCUGUGGAGCACAUGCAGGGUCUCCCCACAAAGGCAGAAGUCCACCCACUCAGGGUAGCAGAUGAUAGAGCAGGCCCACAACAAGGUAGCAAAAUCAGACAUUGCAUGGGCUUCUUAUUAAACUACUGACUCCUGUCUCCAAGACACAGGCAGUAUUUAAACAAAAAGAUCCCCUGAAUUACUUAAGAUGAUCUAUAAACCAUCCCACCAGGCUCCCAACAGUUUUAUAACCUGCUUCUUAAAAGAAAGCAGCGAAGAGCAAUCUGUCUACUGUUGAGUUAUGGUCUACUUCCAGCACCGGUCCCCAUGAUUUAUGAACUUACAAGACAAAACACUACACAGCCUCCUCUGAGAAGAGCUGCGUUCCAUUUCAGACACUUUCCUGCUGAGGUAUCAAAGUCUGCACACGCAUUUCUAGUGCUUGGAUAACUCAUGUGCACAAGAUCAAAAACAGUGGUCCCAUUAAUUCUGAAGCUUUCCACACUCCAAUUCAUGGGGCAGUUGCCAGAUGAAUCUUCAAGUGACUCGAGGUCUUGCCCAGACUGUUUCCCGCAUCAUCACAGCGCACCCAUCCCCCAAACGACAUCCCGUUUGCUUGGGGCUAUUUUGGAACCCAUGCCAGGCUCACUCUCAUCUGCCCGCAUUCCUGUCCUAUAGAAACCGAAGUGUAACAUUCAUUACUCAUUUAUCUCGUUUUUAAAUGAGUUUCAAAUGCUCAACAUCACUGGAAUCUUCAAUAAUAACUUUACUAAGUUUUAAAAUUCCUAUAAUUCGCUUUCUUUCUGUGCUGAUAUGGCACCCGCCAACAUGGUGAACGUUCCUAAGACCCGCCGGACAUUCUGCAAGAAAUGUGGCAAACACCAACCCCACAAAGUGGCCCAGUACAAGAAGGGCAAAGAUUCUCUGUAUGCCCAGGGAAAGCGGCGCUAUGACAGGAAACAGAGUGGCUAUGGUGGGCAGACUAAGCCUAUUUUCCGCAAAAAGGCGAAAACUACAAAGAAGAUUGUGCUGAGACUGGAAUGUGUGGAGCCCAACUGCAGAUCUAAGAGGAUGCUGGCUAUUAAGAGAUGCAAGCAUUUUGAACUGGGUGGUGAUAAGAAGAGAAAGGGCCAAGUGAUCCAGUUCUAAGCUGACCUUGUUAUGAAGACAAUAAAAUCAUGAGCUUUCACUCAAAAAAAAAAUCCUAUAAUUCUUUAUUUAUUUUAGUCUUUGCGUAUGUGAUAUCAGAGAUUGAACCCAAAGAAUUAUGUGCACACCACUCAAAAUACAGCCCCAGGUCAUGUGGUUUCGUAUUGUUCUAGACCAGCUUGACUUUGUCUACACCCUAACAUAUCAUUAUGUAUUUUACAGUGUUUUGAUUCUGCUUGUCUUAUACUUGUCUGGCUAUCCCAGACAAGCUCAAAGACAUAGCUCAGUCAGUCUUACAAAUACUGGAGCCAAAUCCUUCUCAUACCACAUGGACCAGCACACUGUUGCUGUCCGGAACAGAACACCAAUGCUUUGGUUCCACUGUUUCUCUGGAGUAGUAAACAGGAGCAGGGCAAAUCCGAUACUAAUAAUUACUUUGGUCAGUUGGCAUUCCAGGUCACUUAAGGGCUCAACUUCAGGCUCUAUAACUUACAUGCAGUGGUUAUUCCACAGAACUGAGGUAGAGGAGUUUGCAGGAGCACAUACACUUCGAACUAAAGUAGAAGGUAUGAAGUCUUAAGAGUAGCUACAUCUCCUGAACGUCUAGUUAAGACUAAUGCCUGCAGAUUAAUUAAAGGGUCUCUCAUUGAUUGGCCAGACAGACUGAGUGGCGAACACCAGGGAUCCAUCUGUGCCCCCUGCCAGCAGCAGCAGACUUAAGAUCCACACCACCAUACCUGGCCUUUACUGGGUGCUGGGGAUCCAAGCCCAGGAUCUUAAUGCUUGUAUAAGCAACACCUUAUCAACUGAACAUCUCCCCAGCUCCAGGGAAACAUCUUCUUAACCUGAGCCAACUCAUCUCUGAGGUCACUUCUAGGGACUUGUGAGCCAACCUAAAAACUUACCUUAAGCUGAAAGGGAACUUACUAUCCCAAAUCUGCUGAACACUCCAGCUUAUCCUGGCCCACCUCAAGUGUGCCCAGAGCACUUGUGUAAGCCUCCAGCCGGGCACAAGUGCAGAGCGACUGCAGCGCCUAACGCUAGUCCGGGGAAAGAUCAAAAUUCAAGGCACAGUUCCUUCUGCGCAUAUUACCAUUUCAAAUCAUCACAAAGUCAAAGGAACCUAGUCAAACCAUUCUGAGUUGGAGGGACUGUCUAUAUUAAGUUUGCCUAGUGUUGAAAGACAGGGAUAAAUUUAGUGCCUUUUAAACUUUGUUUUAAAAGUUCUUAAUGCAGGUAAGUACAAGGACUUCAUAUUAAAUGCUAAGAAACGGCACACAGUCUAAAAAAGCCAGGAAGAUUUUGGUCUUCUUGCUUUGGUGGUCAUGUUCAGCAACUGGGCUGACUGAAAACCCAUUCACGCCAGCGUAGGUAAGACUCUGAUAACCGCUGGGCCGUACGUGCUAAGGGCCUGUCUAGAGGCAUUAAGCAACUAACCCAGAUCCCCAGCACAGAACAGGGCAGGUGACAAGUUCCCAAGGUUGUGACAAGGUCUCAACUUUAAUUUGUUGCAAAAUUCUGAAACUGAUUAAUGUCCCCUCCUCCCUCCAGGAGGGAGUCUGGUAAUAUCAAUGUAUCCACUUGACAGGCACUCCCCCAACAUCUAGUAUUGGCAGGCACUAUGUAGGGACCUGGCCAAGCAGCCAUUAGUGAGCCAGGGGCUGGCCCAUUCCUCCACUUCUGUCUUUGAGCACAACUCUGCACUCACCCGUGCAUCAGUGUAAGUCAGCUCGAGUUUACCUUUAGCAUAAGAAGGUGCACAGUGUCAAAACAAUGUGAUUUGGGUCUAAUUUUACUCUGAUGCCCUUGGUCCAUCUCACCCACCUGCAAUGCUGUCUGGAAAGCGAAGGUACUCUGUGUUUAAGGGAGGGGACAGAAAUAAAACAAUCCAAAUAUGGCCAAGUAACUGGUCUUUAUGUGUGCACUACCGGAGAACUGUUUGAGUGGCUAGUUACAAGAUACGGAGAGGAGUGUUUUGUUCAGAUACAAAGCUCUUUUUAGUCUUAAUCUUUACAGUAGCAGUGGUCAAUAUUCAAUUUGAAGCACAUGACUUCUUUACCUAACAGUUACCUCUGAAUGAAGGAACUGGAAUGUGCCUUCGUAUAGUUUACAUUUUAAGACAAAGGCUCAUACUUUUCAUUUAGAAAGUGUCCAGCUGUAGGUGAAGCUAUAAACCACGACACUCCUGACGAUACGCAUUACAGUUUGACCCUAAGAGGUGAAGCCAUCUGAGGCCGCACAGUCAGCCUGCAGGUUUCGGGCCGUUUGAAUGAAACUCUUACCAGGCCUUCCCCUUUGCGAAGCAGAGACAAGCCUGAGGUAGUCAGUACCCGCGUCAGGAUCACUCCAGUGCCCGCUGACGCCACACGUGACUGCGCACUGAGGCCGUGGGCAAUUACAGCUGCCACAAGCAACCCCACCUGAGGUAUGAGCUUUGCUAGUAGAUAAAGUUAGACUCUUACUUUGUAAGAAAAAAUACUGCAAAUGGGUGAGUAGAAGCCGUGGCACUUUCAGGAAUUUUCUGAAGUAAGCUCUCCCGUCGGAUUCUUCUUGCCCUCAACAGUCUGCUAGAUGACAUCUGAGAUAGCAGUGUACUCCGUCCUUGACACAGCUUGACAGCAGAAAGAAAUCCGGCGCUUGGCAAUGAAUUAUUAAUGUGCACAAAUAUUGUAGCAUGUGUGAGGUGGAGACCAGCGAAAGGUGAAGUGCUAGUUGCCAUGACACCAGUCAGUUCAAGCUAAGGUUCAUCAUCUUCACCUUUGUCUCAAAGAGUCUGAGCCUCGCGCCUAAGUGACUUCAGGCAUGAACUUGAGCAUGUACUGCACGUGUGCUCUCAAAAGGGACAACUCACAAAGUCCGCUGACCGUCGAGCGUGUUGAGACAAGAGGAUCUAGAUGGGGUUCAGGCUGUGUAGCCAGGCCCACAGUGGUUGCUAAGGUUCCCUAGGUCCUGAUUUAAAUUCAGACAACUGUACCCUGCUUUCUCUUCUCGCUCACACGUUCUGAAAGAAUGGAGGAAAAAAUCUAGCGUCCAUCAGAGAAGCCACAGUUGGUCACAGCACUGGCAACUCUUAGUUGGGACCUAGGACUGUUUAGUGUUUGUGUUCCCCGCCCCCCUCCCCAUUUGUAAAAAUGAAAACUUUCAUUGGCAUUCCGUGUUUCCGUCGGCACAGUUCCUCAAGGUCCCUCUUCAGAGCUCUGGGCACUCUGGAAGGAACUGUUAAGGGUCCCGUUUACACUCUGAGCAGGGUCUUCCUAACAGAGAAGCCAGGGCUGCGUAGGGACACUACAUGCUGCAGCUUGAGCAAUCUUUGAACGCUAUGUUUACACCAACUUAACUCACAACAGCCCGCUGUCCAGACUGUUCUUGGUGCUCUUAAUGACAGACUGGGCAGCACGGAGCCUGCAGCUGCACUGUCAGAACCAAUCAGGCUCAACGAGAGGAUGUGGAGAGAUGUGGAACCCGGCAAAGGCUAACUUCUGCCAUCUGGACACAUCGCACGGUGGAGGCGCAGGUGAGACACACAGAGUUCAGGUUCACGGACACAAAGGGGAAAAUUAAUUUCUCUCAGUAGAAAAAGGAUUCGCACUACAUUUUUAUGCAUUUGCCAGACCAUCCCAUGAACAAUCUCAGAAAAGCUAUCUUUAAAAAAAAUUCAAAGUAUUUGUCUCUCAGUUGAGUAUUCAAGGAUAAACAGAAACUCGUUUCCAAGUGGGAUAAUGGGAAAUGGGUUAAUAGCGCUGACAUACCUAGUCCACACGGCAGCAUGAUAUACAAUUUAGGGAAGGAAAAAAUAAAGAUGAAGGAGGGGAGGAACAGAAAGAGGAGUAAAACCAAGACUGCACUGAGCAGAACUUUCACACAUGGAAAUGUUGUGUCUCCCCAGGAGUAAACCCCUUUUCUUGUACUUUGCUCAUUCUAUCUGUGCUACUACCAGAGUCUUUAUCAGGCUCACAAGAGAACACUCUGCACGACCAUCAUGGAAUCUGGCGGCGCUCCUCUGUGAAGCCUCAGUCAUGGCUCCUGGAAAACUGUGACUCAAUCGUGAAAACCUUUGUAUAUGUGUAUUUGUGUGGAUGCAUCUUUCUGUCCCCCUCUCUCCAUCUCUGUGUGUGUGUGUGUGUGUGUGCGCGCGCGCGCGCGCGCACACGCCCGCCGGGGGUAACCUCCAGAGCCACUCUUUAGGAGCCAUCCACUUGUUAUUUUCAGACAAGGCCCCUCACGGGAACCUGGGAUUCACAGAUAGGGCCACAAUGGCCAGCCAGUGAGCUUCAGGGAUCUGUGAGUCUCCAUCUUCCUGGUGCUGGGAUUACAAAUGUGCACCACACCUGGCCUUUUCAUGUGCACAGUGGGCAUUAAACUUGGGUCCUUAGAAGCACUUUACCAGCUGAGCUAUCUUCCCAGCCCCUGGGAAGGACUUUCUAAGGCACUACAAAUACAGUGACUGAGUUUGGAAGAUAAGAGGAUAAAUCACUAACAUGCCCAAAGCGUACCAAUGCUGAUGCACUGCACUCUAGGUAAGGAAUGAAUGGCUAAAUAUUUUGAAUUCUGUAAAGUUGAAGGUAUCUGAUGAAUAUAUAUCAAACUUUAGAACUUUGGCCACAGACAAGUGAUGCUUGAUAAAAGCAAUCUUUAUUACAAAAAUACCUAUAGCUAAGAGAUAAAGUAUAUUUGCUAGGAAUGUACUGAUGAAUUCUUUUAGAUGCAGUUGACAGAUCCUGCUGUUCAUGUAGCUGCAUGAGAACCUGUGCUCCCUGUCCCAGCUGGGCUCAUUUACACAGGCAGAAAGGUCUCUGAAUAGUUGUGCAACAGAGCCCUGGGGCACUGGAGCCUGGAACUACUAGUCUCUUAGCCUUAACACAAUGCACAUCUUACUGUCCAUUAAACCGAGACACAGCAUUUGUUCUAAAGACAGAGGGGAGCUGGAGAACAUCACGAGAGUCACAUCUGUGCUGGUGUUGCAGACAGUUCUGACUGAGAAGCUAUGGACAAUGGACUGAAAGCAUCAGCAGUUAAUCCUUGCACAUGCACAAGAAGACUCCUACAGUUGCCCUGCAACCAAGAAGCUAAUAAAAGCUCAGCCUUUCAAACGAACACCUAGAUGAUGACACCAUUAGUUAUUCAGCAAAAAUAAAUGCUUCAUUAACUUGUCUUCCCACUGUUAAAGACGGGAUGAAUGUAGCCCAGGGCAGAAGCUGUGGUUCCAACAUUCCCUUACAGCGUAGGGCCUGCUACACAGAAAGACCGGGGAGGAGGUGACUACACUCUAUCUGUUGGGAGAGUGCACUGGUCUUCGGGAUCCAGAGCCUACAGUCCCGACAACCAGUUACCUAACCUUCCUCUCUGGCUGGACAGAGCUCAUUUGUGAUACAGAAGGGGACCUCCAGGACUUAUGCUCCAUGUCCACAGACUCCUUCAUCCGUCCCUCAACAGCGAGAACUCACAGCACAGGUCUUCACUCUGCAGCAUUCCUUGCCUAAGCCUCUCGUAAAUGACUCAAUAAGGAAUCAACUCUAUUACUGCAGCUGCCAGCAUCUGGUGAUCAGUAAAACAUCGACUCAUUAAAUAUUUAUUUGUUGUCGUGGCUGUGCCUUUUCACAUAGUUUAACAUGCAUUCAUACCUUUUAUCUAUUAAAAAUUACAAACUGUCUGUGAGAAACACUUAUCAUUAUUCUGUUUUGCUUAAGUCUGUGGCAGUUCCAUGUGUUAAAAACAAUGAACAUGGGUUUUGAAAUUCUGCUUCCUCUGCUCCCCAGAUGAUCAAAGGAGAGGUCCAGGAGCUCAUAAGCUCAGGCCCCCUCGCCUAUUUAACAACUCUUAUGGAAUAAUGAAAAUAGCUCAGAAAAUUGCAGCCAUAUCACCUGAUGAGUGGCAGGCUGUUGCCCAACCCCAUGUCUCACACUUGUACCCCUUCCCAGAAACCAUAAUUAAGACAGACGGUCUGAAAGGCAGACACUGGUUCUGUACUAGUGACCAGGGACUACAUCCAGAAGGCACAAGACGCCCACACCAGCUUAGCCACUGCUCAGGCCACUGCAAGCGGCAGGAUGUCUUUGCCCCGGUCCAAAGGCCCUAUGGCCAUCAGCCCUUGUAUUCACACGUGCAAAUAGUUCACAUACUUCACUGCUUCCAACAAGUCUUUAAAGACUUCUUUAUUUAGCACAGGGUACGUGUAAUCAAGGGGUCAACGCCUGAAAACCUAUGGCGUCUGUGCUGAGUUAGGUGCUGCUAAAACACAAAGAUAACACUUGUGACUCUUGUGAGAACUUUAGGAAUGAUAGAAACCGCCUUUUUCUUUAAAACAGUGGUUCUCAAAUCCUGCUGCACAACUAUCUGUGAAGCUCUUCUCCUCAUGUCCAGGCCACACACACCAUCUAUUCUACAAUUCCCAAGGGGGCAAAGCAGGUGGGACAUACUCCCCCAGGGGACUGCAGAGAGCAGCGGGGGAUCCAGGGCUAAAGCAGAGCAUCUCAGACUCAGGACCACCAGGAAGUUUAGUGUCUUAGAGGCACACCUCGGGAUGCUGGCGGAACAUGCCUCUCAUCUUCACUCGAUGCCAACUCCAUCGAGCCGACAGGAAGAAAUGUUUCCAAAGGUUGCCAUGCUACAUGAAGGCAAGGCUGCCUCCUAAAAGUCAUUCUCUAAGGAGCAUGGUCGUCAGUGAAGAAUGCAUAUAUACGUAUAUAUGUACAUAUACAACCAGAGUGAUUUUCUUUUAAGGUCAGGAAUACAUUCUAUGCAAAAAAAAAACAAAAAACAAAAACAAAAAAACCCUACAAAUUUGUGCUAUCCCAUCACGUUUAGCUUCUAUGGCUUUACACUACCACUUUACAACUAAAAUCUUUUUGGGAAGUAAAAUAAUGCUGAGGAUACAGCUGGGAAUUGAACAGCGUUACAGGGUUGUGCGUGCGUGUGCAUGUGUGAUGCUGGGUCAGUGCUUCACUACUGAGCCGCAUCCCUAGACAAAGAACACUAGACAGUAACAAGAGGACUGCUGCGAUCAUUAGUCAGCCCCAGCUAACCCACAAGUGCUAUCAGUAAACUGUGAACUCCUAACAAGAAAACGUCCUUUUAAGCAUAGCACGUCUACGUGACACCCUCCCCCAUGGCAACAAAAUGCCAGGGUCCUGGGCUGGGAGCUGGGGCUCAAGGAGAGCAGCACCGGUGAUGCCCCGCCCACCAGCCCACAAACCCUGGCCAGAGCUCACUGCAGUCUGAAGCAGGAAGAACACAGCUCUUCAUUUUCUCCCACUCAGCUUAUAGCAGACUUGGAGGGGGAACGACGACACGCUGGACUUGCUCAUUCAUACCCUAGAUCUGAACCCAAAUUAAAACAAAACAAAACAAACAAACAAAAACCUAGCUGGGUGUGGUGUUUUUCUGGAUCCCAGCACUGAGGCUGCAGCUGGAAGACACUGAAUUCCAGGCCAACCCAGGCCGUAGAGCAAGACCUUGUCUGAAAAACAGGAGAUAAGCCACUUGCUGUGCAGUGGGAAGACCCUCGUGGGAAUCGUCAGGGCAUAGCAGUGUGUGUUUGUAGUCCAAACAAGAAGACUGGAGCAGCCUAAGAGGCUCAAAACCAGCCAGCAUGGCAUAGCCAAUGGUGAACGAGAACCUGUCUCAGGGCGGAAGAUGAGGAGAGACACUCAGGGUUGUCCUCUGAUCACCACAGGAACACUGGUAUGUUGUGGAAUGCACACAUCUGCACGCGCACACACGAACACACACACAUACACAGAGAGAGACAGAGAUAGACACAGACUUUUUUGUUUGUUUAAAAAUAGAAAUCUUGAUGAGGGUGGGCUCCAUCUACAGUGUAUGGCAGGACAUUUGCCUAGUUUAACAGGCUGGUUGAGGAGAAGGGGAGGAAGGAUGAAGACCUGCUCCUCUCCAGACAGAGAUGGGACAACGAUUCUCAGAGGAGAGCUGCCACUGCUGGCCACUGCUGCCAUGCUCUGCACUAGCGUGGCCCCACUUCCAUUAGAACAAGGUCUCAAAGACCCAAGAUGGGUCAAAAUCCAGAUGCUCUGAGGGUGUGGCUGUCGCGACCCUGCAGACCUGAGCAGCUCAGUGCCCCCUCCCCUUCCUGGGACAAGCCAACCCCAGCCCAUGCUCUGUGAGCCCGUGAGCUCACCUAGGAGAAGAUGGCGUCUGUACAAGUCAGGUGCUUUGGCAGCAGUACCAGCUGGUGGAAACCGCAGGAUUUUCAAAAUCCUCGAUUAAGAUUUUUAAAGUCUUAGAGUGAUCCGAAAUUCUGAUCUCAUAAGAUGCUUAUGGAACAGAAUAAAGAUUUUUGCAUUUCCCAGGAGCUAAGCAAACAAAAACUCGACCCAUGCUGACUGAAAUUCUGCACCAAGCACUCAUAGGCCUUGCUCGCCCGUCCUUGUAGAAGAGGCCUUCUCUUGUGCUCUCCUUCAGGUCUCCUCUGCAAGGCUGACACAAACCAGGAAGCGAAGGAAGGGAACUGGGUGAUCACGGAUGCAACCACAUGACUCUCCAAGAUCUUGGCCACCUCCAAUGUAGGCCAUGGGAAAUUACAGGAAAGGCACAGAAAAACCCAGAGCUGGACGUUAGUAAUAAAAUUCUAGUGUGACAUUGAUUCUUCAAGCUACAAUUUUACAUGCAUGUCUAAUUUAUAGAGCAAACUUUCUGGGCAUAUUAGCUAGGGUUAAUAAGUCAUUACUAAACUUACCAUGCUAAUAAAAAAUCACAUUUGAAGAUUCUUACAUUAUACCAGAGGGCAAAGACUGUAAGUGAGUCACAGGACAAGCUACUGGACAAGAGCUUUGAACAUUAGUAACAACUUUACACGUCCUAACUUGGAGCUUUCGGGCGAGGGUCUGGGUCCUACCGCCUGCCUGGCUUCCUUGUGGAAGAUCUGAAGGAAGUCUCGCUCUACUUCGAGAUGGCUGUUUUAGCCACCGAUGAAAGGAUAAUAGCGCUAUUUAACUCAAACUUGCUGCAAGGCUCAAAUGAAAGGUGAGUGUUUCUGAAGAAUCUGCCAGUUCAAAUGCCAUAUAAAAAGCCCAGUGAAUGGACGGAGGCUUGUUAAGGACAUGCUUGUAGGCUAUUUUGGCUGAGUGCUGUCUAUUUUUGGCUGGCUUGCUCCUUGUUUCUUUCUUGAGGCUCCCGCAGUUCCUGGUUCUUACUAUGUAUAGCUGCCGGUCCUCCCUGCCCUCCGCACAGCACCAGUCCGUACUCUGGGUUAGAACCCGGAUGUAAGCACCAGAGGAAGCCUGUGGCUCAUGCUGCCGAGCAGUUGUUUCACAGGCCUUGAAUCCCAGAGGAUGCUGGGAAACAGAAGCAAACACUUCACAGUGACACCUCUCCUCUAAUGCCUUUCCUCAGUCCUCCUGGACUGAGCACAGAAAACAACUGUUUUAACUACGAACCAAAAUAAUACUUGAAUGCAGGUUAAAAAUACUCACUCCAAGUCUGUGCAGAAGUCUUGAAAAUAACUGAUUACACCAAUUACCCUCUAUGUUUCUUUCCCAGGAGACUCAGAAGCGCCUCAUUUAAAAGCCCUUGAGAAAGCAGCAGGGGGCAGUAUGCUAAUUACAAUUUGCAGGUGGGAAAAUCGAGGCUUUGAAUGUGAUGUUUCACUUGUCCUCAAAAUACCCAUGUGUUUAUGCAACUUACACUACAAAUAUUUUCCCAGUUACACUGAUUUGGGAAGUGUUAUUUUGAGCCUCAUUGCUUAGAAUAACACUAAGAAACCAAACCUUGUUAAUAUUCAAAAACUCCAGUACUAAGGUAUUUGAGGGAAAAGGAACAAAUUCACAUUUUAUGCAAGCAGCAAAAGCAUUUGUGUGAUCUUGGAAAGCUUCACAGACCAAGUAAUUGGUCUUGUAAAAACACAAGUUUUGUUUUCAAAUGUGAAUUCCUUCUAAGUGCCUUGUCACUGAAGGGGCUGGUGUGGCGGUCAGGGCCCCCAGCAAUUGUCCUUGCUUGUUAGACAUUCUAGCCGCAUUUGCGGACGCUUCUGUGAUUACCAAGCAGACUCACAUUAGUUUCUGAGCAUGUUGGGGAAAAUGCACCCUGACAGGUGUGAACUUGAGUUUGAAGGGAAUUGAUAAAUACAAUGGAAAGGAAAAAGGAAUUGCAAACAGGCCACACUUGGGAAGCUCAUCGGGUAAAACAGGCCAGCAUUCCUGUGGGUGAAAUCCUUCUUGAGAGGGGGAUGUGGAAGGCUGCACAAACCCAGAGAACCAGGUGACUGAAACUGGUUGGCCAGGUGUGUCACGGGAAGUGUGACUAAACCCUGGGGCCGUGCUCUGCCAGCCAGGGUUAAGUCACAACACAGGGACAUUUUCUGAUGCUGCCUUCCUACUUUAAUGUCAAUAAAGAAGCCAAAGCUCCUGUCCCCUUAGUUAUUUGCUAAUUAUGAGGGAGGGGGAGGGGAGCCUGGAAAGAACUUCCAGGACUGCAGACAGACAGAUGUCAGGGGCAAGACCCUCCGAGUAGCUAACAUAAUGCAUUGCUCUCUGAGAUAAGGAAUCACUAACUAACCCAAACGAGAUGAACAUUGUAGUCUGAGUUUGGGCAUUACAGGCUCAAACACUGGAUUUAACUCGUUCAAGUGAGACAGGAGGUAGAUCCCUAUUCUUGAGGAUUGUUAGACUUUUUUCUCCCCACACUUUCAAGAUUAAUAGCAAAGGGUCCCUUCUCCUAGGGAAAAUCGAGUUAUGUUUUAUGUUUUUAGGAAAUAAGAUAUAAAUCUGACCUGCCAUGACACCCCCUAGUGGAACUUUAGCAAAGUACAGUUUGGGGGUCCAAAAACAUCUUGGAUACAGGUUAUUUUUCUAAUCCAAAAUGCCUACAACAAGAAGGGUUCAGAAUUCCUCCAUAUUUGCAUAUGCAUAAUGAAGUAUCUUGGGGAUGGAACUCAAGUUUAAAUGUAAAUUUGUUUGUGUUUCUCACAUAUACUCAGCACAUAUACAUAGCCCAAAGGAAUUUGAUGCAAAUAUUUUGCUUCUGUUUUGACCCUAUCAUAUACAUAUGGUUAAGUGUGGAACUUUCAGGUUUCUGAUCAAGGUGCUCUUGUUUCUGGGGACUUCCAGUUCAAGGCUAGGGGCUAGCACCACAGUCACCUGCCCACCGCUCACCACUGAACAGAACAAAAGCAAGCAAGUAAAUAAAUGAAGCAUGUGCUCUGCAAAUUCCCCCAGAGUAGGGAUCCGAGGAAGGCAAGCUGGCUGCUCGCCUCGGCUCAAGAGGCUUAAUUUUAGUUUCUGAAAGAACUGAAGCAGAAAGUUAGGCAACUCCGCUAUUAUUUAUAUCCCCUAUCCCAAGAAAAGCCUUAAAUAAAAGGGAUUCCUACUUAAAAUUCUUCUACUUCUCAAGUAAGAUUAUUAAAGUGCUCCCAGUAAUUUUCUGAUUGUCGUUAAAUUAAUUCACUGAGGUCAGAGAAUCAACCCACUCAAAUUUGCCAAAGGUCAUGAAUGGCUCACAAACAAUUGCAGCAAAAGCAAAUUUAAGGGACAAGAAUAAACGGGGAGAACAUGGGUGGCUGUACGUUUAACCGCAGUGUCUGCAGCUCUGCCCCCGCCCCAGCGACCGGCCCUGCAAUGAAUGGCUAAAGACUCUGCCAAGGGCUCUCCGUUCAGCCUUUCUGAAGAAGCUACUCAGAGAGCUACCCUGGCAUGGGUUAAAGAAUGCCCCACUCUCCCACGCCUUUUAAAUUAAUUUUUACCUGGGCAGAUAAUAAAUAAAGUCCCGGGCACAGAAACUCCAGGCAUAGAGAACACCACUUUGCUUCAAGAAACUGAGAAGCACCAGUCACUUGCAAUCAAACAACAGGAGGUCAUUCCUUGGACCAUGACUUUGAGGACUGUCCACCAGGGCCUGCCAUUUACAGAUAAAGACCCUGCUGCCCUUUCACAGGUGUGACAUGCAUCUGCUUGUCCCUGAGAUAGGAGUCACUCUGCAGCCCAGGCUGCACCUAACUCACGACAAUCCAGCCGCGGCCUCCUAAAAUUUGGGUUUACAGGCUUAAGCCCCCAUAUUUGACAUUGUUUGGAAAAAUCGAUUUGAUUUUAUUGUCUCCCAAAAAACCCAAACUCUUCUCCAGUGCCAGAAGCACCUGGGAAGCAUGGCUACAUGGGCUCUCGCAGGUCAGUCGGGUGUCUAGUCCAGCAGAGACAGAGAGUGCCAGGGAACAGAACAGGUGCUGAACUGGGAAGACAGAUGUCGUUCAAGACACCAUGCUUAUGGCCUUCGACUUCCCAUUGUGAGCAAUAUGGUCACACUUCAAACUCAACACUGCUUAGAUAACCCUGGGCUGGGCAGCAAGGACUAGACACAGGGAAGGAAGUCCGGGGGCUCUUAGAGUCCAGGUGAGAGGACAUGGAGGCAUACAUGAUGAAGUGGACAUUUGUUCAAAAAGGACUUGGUGACCAACGAAUGCGCACAGGACACACAACUGCUGUCAGGCACGGUGACUCAGCCAGAGUAGGGAGUGAAGGGGUAAAGAGCUGAGCAUCCUCACAGGCUGACGGACAAGGGGACAGCCAGGAGGAGCGUGAGCUUGCCAAGGGCCUAGAAAUCAGUUAGGCCACAGAUUACCCAGUUAGAUAGAGGCACGGAGAGAAGGGUGUGAGCACACAACACCGAGGAGCCAGCGCUUUACCGUGGAGAGCUAAGAUGUGGAGCAAAGGGGAGAAGGGACUUGCAUUUCAAGGAGGCGAUCAAGGCCACAUUCUGAGAACACAGGCUUCCCUCUGCCAGCUGAGAACACACGGCACUGGCUACCCAAGUCUGACAACCAGGCACAGACUAUACUCUACCAACGAUGGAGUGGCGCUUUUAGAUGAGAUACCACUUUCUUCCUUGCUUACACCAGGAUGCAAAGUAUUUUAUCAUGUUGUAAAAUUUGACUUUUAGGGGCAAUAGGUUUGGCCCAGCAUAUAUCAAUAUAGAAAUUCAAAAUUCACAGAGCAUGUGAUCUUAUUCUGUGUACACAGUACAGCUGUGCAUACUCCAAGCAGCAGCCAAUCUAAAGAGAAGUCUCAUCAGUGUUCAGCGACCGCCAGAACCUGACACGGUAGCCAACACGGACCUCUGCUCAGCCACCACCUCCUUCUGCUCUCACACAGCUACACACAGGACGUCUACCGGGUGGCAGGAGCCAGUUCCGGCACACUGACAAAGAGGGUACAAACUCCACAUUUUCAGCAGCUACCCUGAAAUAGGAAAAUGAUCAUUCCAUAAAAUAUUUAGUUUUAUAAUAUUAGAGUAUGAGAGAGAAAGAAUUAGACAAAUAAUUUUAUGAGUACUUUAGAAAAAACACAACAUUUAAAGUCUAAGAGAGCUUAAGCCAACUAGGUUUUCCUAGUCAGAGAAUACAGUAUAUAAGAUUAAAACCAGUAAAUCACGUAGGAACGCAAACAUUAACGAUCAUCAGGUACAGUGGUAGCGCGCUAAUGUCUUUAAGUGCUGCCUUACUCUGAUCUAGCCAGUGGCUCUCACUUCUCCUGGAUGGAUUCUACUAAAUAGACUGCAGACAUUUAGAUAUGGAUAAAUGCUGAAUUCGGUAAUUCGUAUUUUAAAACUGUGAAACCUUUUAAGUUAAGUGGUCUAUUAAUUAACUACCAAUUGUCUUGUCUGACUACCAUAUCAAUAGAAGUAAAUUACUGACUAGCUAUCUGACAGAUUUAGUCCUUUACCAUGGAAAAUCUCUACUGCACAUAAAAGGCCUGAGGUUGAAUGCUCUUGCUUUUCUCUUUCUGGUAAUCCUGGAUCAGUUUGCCAAUUUGAUAAAGGCCAAACCCAACUCCCUGGUUUAAAAGGACCUAUGGCUAAACUCUGGCUCAGAAACCAACCAAGACUCCCUCUCCGGAAAAAAAACCCUAAGCGAAGCUAAUUUAGUUAUUUCAGGGAUAGGCGAAGCUGCAGUCACUGUAUGGGGCCAGGCUGCAAUGUCACUGGUAGAUGAGAGGUGUGUUUUCAAGUUCUUGCCUCUCUCGGAGAGGGCAUUUGUGUGAAUGACUUGGAUGCUCACGGCAGACAAGCAGACUAAAGCCUACCCCGCACAUCAUCCAUGUGCUGACUGGAACCAAGAGAAGGCUCCUGGAAGGUCUGCUGGUGCAGACCAACUCUGAAGGCUAGUGCCUUCCAGUCUGCAGAGUGUAUGUGCUCAGAAGGAAGGAACAGCAGCAAUACAGGCUCUCCUCCAGAGGCCCGGGUCACAGACAAUGAAUGAUGGCUGCCAAGCAUUCAAUCUGUGUUUGAUUCACAGUGCUGUACCAGCAGCUGUCUUCUUAAAAGACCGAGCCUUGCACCUAGGAGUGGGCUCAGUACGCUACGGAAACAAGAGCACACAGGAGCAAGGGGAGCAAAAAGUGUGGGUAGGAACCGAAGGAUACACAGACAAUGAGUGGAAGGCAACCCCGACUUGAAGUCAAUAGCUUGGUUAGUCCAGCAUGAUGCUUCCCUGCUCAGAAGACAGCAUGGACCCAUCUGAGGACUCUCUGAAUAGGUUACCUUCUAAAUAUUUAAGCAGAAGCCUGUUACGUAUGAUCAAAUAUUUAUUAACUAAAUUAGAAUGCAGUUCCAGGUGUGUGUGUGGGGUGUGUGUGUGUGUGUGUAGUGGGGGUUCGGCUAUAACAAACUGCCACCAAACAAUCUGUCACCAACUUUGUUAUGUGAGGCACAAAGUUGACAAAGUUCUUUCAGAAAACACUUACUAUGCGCCAAAGGACAAAAUGACAAUAUAUGCCACAAGAAGCAGAAAAGGAAAAAGAAAAAGGUUAUACACAGUUCAUUUAACUGUAGCACACUGGAAAAGCAGGGAUUAGGCCAGGAGUGUAGCUAGGGGGUAAAAAGCCCCAACAUAUGCAGGGGCUCAGAGAAGAGGGUGUUGAAAGGACAGUCCUAAGGCUCCUUACAGCUCCCAAACCCAAGGUACCAGUAGAGGCAGGGGUUGGGAGGGUCGCUUACAUGGCCGUCUUGAACUAGACCCUAGAGGAGCAGUGGCUGGGGCUGGCAGAGCACCUCCAAGGUGGAGUCACGUGCUAUUCUAGUUCCUCCACGACUUCAACUGAGUCAGGGCAACACAGUUGGUAUUCCACGAAAACACAUUGACUGCUAGUUAAAAGUCUGGCUUAAGAUGAUCUGUCCAAAUGGCGGAAUGUACUCUGCUCAGCAGACCGACAUUUUUAACUGGAUGGGGCAACUUCUUUUCCCUGCCCAGGCAUAGUCAAAAGGCACACUGGUUAUUUCCUUCUGAAACAAGAAUGGCGGAAGCCAAGGCAACACAUCUUUGCAAACCUACCACUAACAUUUUCAAACAAGAAAACCAGAAAUGGAAGCUGAACUCAAGUGGCAUUUAGCAAUACUUUUAAACCCCCGCAGCAACCACCGUAAAGAUUAAAAGCAGCCUUCUUUUAUGUUGCAGUUGCUCUCAGCUUCUCUAAAGGUUUGUGAAGUCUUGGCAAGAAGUCAGAAAUUCCAACACUAAAAUGAAUUUUCUGACUCAAUAUUGAAAAUAAACUCUUAAGUUUAGAUGCUUAGGGGAAAAACAGCUGGAGAAUUCAGGAGCCUCCCAUAGUUUAAUACAAAGUGAUGUCAUUACCAACCAGGCUUCCAAGAACUCCCUAAAUUGUGUGGUUAAGCAACUCAUAGCUCAGCGAGGAGGUUAGGAAGGUGCAGCUCACCCUUGGUGCAUGGACUCGGGCACAGGGGUGCCUAUGUUACAAAGUGGCUGGACGCCACACUAGUGUUAUCUGUGCCCUUUCACAGGAGCCAUGGGUUUCCUUCAGCACUCUUAAAUCAGCCCCUAAUUUCAUGUCUAAAGAACUGCUGCUGUCCUGAGGCAUGCAUUUAACCCAAGGCUGCACGGUUUCUCCAAAAACCUGGGUAUAUUUAAAAUUGUACAAGUUAGAAAAAGGAUUAUGCAGAGAAUAGUCAAGAAGGUGAAACUGGAGGAAACUUGGUGAAAGUUGAAGUUAAUAGUUAGGAAAUCUUGCAUCACCUCAAACGUUACUGAGGGGGAAAAUCAGUGUCUGGUUAAUACUAAUCUUCCAAUAGAUGUGUCUGUUCUCAAGGCUGGCGAGGCAACUGAAAUCAGCUGGAAUCUGUGGCGGCUCAAACAGGGAACUUACACUGUACCCGCAGUUUGUUUUUUAUUUCAAAUGCUGACCCUGGUUUGUUUAUUUUGGAAAAAAGGUCUUGCUCUGUAGCCCUGGAUGGCCUGAAACUCAGUGUUAUUAGACCAGGCUAACCUUGAACUUAUAGAGAUCCAUCUACCCCUGUCUCCCAAGUGCUGACGUUAAAGGUGAUGCGUGCUACGCCUUGUCUGGGGAGUUUUUUACACUCAGAGUUAUAAACACGUAGGAUUCCUGACAAAUUAUCCUGCCAAGUCCAUUCAGUUUGCCCUUACUAACUCAUGGCUGUGCUGUGACACUUGAUGCCUGUUCCUGCAGCAGCAAAAGGCUUGUCUGCUUUGCACACCGACUGCUCACCUAUGUACGUGUACAUGUAUGUGCUCAUUCACUCAUUUAAAAUGCCACAAUGGAUGAGUUCAGCUUAUUUAUAUGUUCAUUUCCAGAAGCUUGGAAACAAAUUACAUAAAGCUCAUGUUUCCAAAUAAAACAUUAGGAUAAGUUUCAUCCAGGACCAGAGAAGAGCCUUGAUACUGGACAAGCAAUAUCUGAAUACUUCAGAAGACAGAUUAAGUUUUUAAGCAGUUGCUAAAACAUUAAUGAGGUUUAAUGUGACCUGUUUAGGAGAAACAGCCCUUUGUUGAGUUCUAUUGGAAGACAUCUCUGCCUAUGGGGGUAAAACCCUAUCUCCUUACCCAUUCUUCCUUUCCCCUUAGUGCAGGGAUAUAACCCAGGGCCUUGCACAUGCUCAGUUCACACCCUACCACUACCUGAACUACUCUCAAUUCUUCUUAGUUCUCUUUUACUGGAUCAUUUCUGACUACAUAAGGAAAAUACAAAGAAAAAACAGUAAAUCAUGGAUCAACAUGACAUGCUCAGAGUUGGAGGGAAGGUGUUGCAUCUACCUUUAUUGACAAUCCAGCUAAAAAGGUAUGGUCCUCUGGGAACUGAAGCCCCCUUGCACUCUCUGGAUGCUGUAGGACUCACAGGGACUCACAAAUGCUCUUCCCCUCUCUGCAGUUCUUUCAAGAUGACUCCUCAUUUGAGAGGCGCCAGAUAAAACAGUCCCGAGAUGUCCACCAUCUGAGCAGUCUGUAUGGCCGAUGGAUGCUAAGUGGCUGCCAAGGUGGCCUAGCCACUCCCAAUUAACCACAGAUGCUGAUCUCAGAUUUUCUGGCACUUUCUAAAAUGUGGCUGAGCAGUAGUUUGGAAGCCUAACCCCUGACUUUAUGAAUCCAUAAGAACUAGGGUUUUCUAAACUCAACAGAAAGCUAAAUAAACAAAGCUGGGGCUUACACUCCCUCUUGUUAUUUUAACAGCAACCUUUCAAAGUAGUUCACCAUCAUCAAUUUCUACCUUCUUAAGGAACACUGAAGGGGGCAGUUUAAAAUACCCACCAGACACGGCGGGGACAGCUCAUUAGAUGUGGUGGGGUGCAGGUGGCUUUCAUGCUGGCACGCGAGUCUGUCCUUCCGAGCCUUCUCACUGAGGACCCAGGAAUAAAAACAAAGACAUUCAU